GGUGAGUAUAUUGUUUCUGGCUCCUUUUGGCUUUAGGGUUUUCAGGAAAUCUUUACUGUAUUUUUAAACGUACGAGUUUUGAUCGUGAAAGUAGGAGAUGGUGAGAGGGAAAGUUCAGAUGAAGCGAAUUGAAAAUGCAACAAGCCGGCAAGUGACCUUCUCCAAGCGUCGAAACGGUCUGUUGAAGAAGGCUUACGAACUAUCGGUUCUCUGCGAUGCUGAAGUUGCUGCCAUCAUUUUUUCACCGAAAGGAAGAUUAUAUGAGUUCUCAAGUUCUGACAUGCAAAAGACGAUAGAACGAUACCAUAAGUAUGCCAAAGGAGUGAAAACUGACAAGCCUGAAAUGGAACGAUACACUCAGCAACCGGAGCUUGAAGCAGCAAACAUGGUCAGGAAGAUUGAGCUUAUUGAAGCUUCUCAAAGGAAGCUCUUGGGUCAAGGUCUGGGUUCGUGCUCUGUCGAGGAACUUCAAGAGGUUGAAAGUCAGCUAGAACGAAGCUUAAGAAACAUCAGAGCAAGAAAGGAUCAUUUAUUCAUGGAGCAGAUAGAGCAACUAAAAGCAAAGGAGAGAUUUCUACGAGAAGAGAAUGCAAAGUUAUCUGCAAAGAGUGGUGGGGAGCGAUGGCAGCCAUCAACUCAACAGAAAGAAACUGCAACUUAUAGUAGCCAGAGCUCUUUGGUGGAGACAGAACUGUUCAUCGGACUGCCAGAAAACCGCUGCUCCUAGCAGGCUGGUCUUUGGACAUGGAAAUAAUAUUCGUGGCCAUCUCAUCAAUUAGUUUCAACCCUUCGAUAAUUGCGCUGUUGAAAUCGUUUUCGUACCAGGAAUAAUGCUGUGUGAAAUUUCCCGACUGUCCCAGUUAGUCUCCAUUAUUACAUGUAUUCCUAAUCAGUAGUUAUUUUUUAUCCUGUUGUAACUUGUUAGUAUAUAUAGUUUUAAGGAUCGCGAUUUACUAGUUUUCAUGGAACUUUGAAUUCCAUUGUAUCAUCCACCUUGGAUGAUAUGCUGAAAAGUGGGGAAAUAAAAGGUAAGGGGAAAUUUUAGUUGUUUGUAGGCUUUUUCUUUUUGUACAUUCGUACCAACCAAAGGUAACGUUAUUUGGAUGUAUGAACUAAUG